AUAAAACUAAUGAAAAAUAAAUAAUAUAUCAAAAAUAAACAAUACAAUGGAUAAUCAUUUAGUAGAAGGAAGUGAAGAAUCAAAUUUUGAUACUCCGGAAGUAAAUGCUUUUUAUGAAGAUUCUUUAUCAACAAAUGAUUCUGAAGCAAUGACUUGGAUAUCAUGGUGGUGCUCUCAUGUAGGCCAUGAUUAUUUUGCGGAAGUUUCAGAAGAAUUUAUUGAAGAUAAUUUUAAUUUGACGGGUCUUAAUACUCUUAUUCCGUUUUAUAAAGAAGCUCUCGAAAUGAUACUAGAUGUAGAUUCGGAAAAUACUGAUGAACAUAUGCGAGCACCUGAUCAAAAUAUAAUAGAAAGCAGUGCUGAACUUUUAUACGGACUUAUUCAUCAAAGAUACAUAGUAUCUAGAGCUGGUUUACAUGCAAUGGCAGAAAAGUUUGAAAUGGGACAUUUUGGUCAUUGCCCAAGAGUAUACUGUAAUUCUACCUCAGUUGUACCUUGUGGACGAUCUGAUCUUCCUGGCUUAGAAACCGUUAAAUUAUUUUGUCCUAAUUGUUUAGAUAUUUAUGUUCCACCAAAUUCUAGAUUUCAAAAUAUUGAUGGCGCAUUUUUUGGGACAACCUUUCCUCAUCUAUUCUUUCAAACAUAUCCUGAAUAUAAACCAUCCAUUUCACGCAAGUCUUUUAAUAUUUAUCAACCAAAGAUAUAUGGCUUUAAAAUUUCUGAAAGAAGUAAAUCAGGGCCGCGAAUGUCUUGGCUAAGAAAAUUUCUAGGAAAAGUAGAUUCUGAAAAAGAAAAUCUAUUAGAUGAAAAAAAUGACAAUGAAGAAAAAGAUAAAAAUGAUAACGAAUAUUUAUGA